UUCUAACGUUUUGCUCCUUCUCCUUCACAGAAUCCGACAUUGAUGCUGCUACUGCAAUGAUGCUGUUAAAUACUUCCAUUCAACGAGGGAUGUUGGACUGUGAGAAACCUCAGCCUCUGAAGACACCUAAGAAGAGGAGUUACGGCAGUGCAUUCAAUCCUCCCAGUUCCAUAAAUUUGCAGGAAAGUGAUUCUGCGGCCACCAAUAUCGAUCCAAAGGAGGAUCACAACUACAGUGCCAGCAGCAUGGGUUCCCAGCGCUGUGCGUCUAGGUCCAGCGUGUCUUCCUUGUCCUCCCUUGAUGAGGUGUACGAAUUUAUCUCCAAGACCAGCCACGAUGGAAGCGAUGGCAGUGAAGGAUUUCACAGCGAAGUGGAUACAGACGUUGACUAUGAAGAUGAUCCUCUUGGAGACAGUGGCUAUGCAUCACAACCUUGUGUAGAUACCUCUGAGGAAAGUCAGCCUAGCAACAAAGCACUCAAGGAGUUAUGUCAAGAAAUUGAUGAGGAGUUGAAAGAAGCAGCAGGGUCCCUGCUCCACCUUGCUGGCAUCCAAACAUGCUUGAGUUCCUUAAUAAGUACUGCAAAGACCCACUGUCACAAGCAAAGGAAAAAAUAGUAUGUUUGUCAGUGUUGAAUAUAUACAUAUAUUUUUUUUAAUUGUGGCAAUACUCUUCUACUUUUACCCUUCACAAGGGAGAUCAAAGCCAUAAGAGGACUCAUUGCUUUUUUAUUUUUGGCGCUAACUAUAAUUUAGCCAUUUAUUUUUAAAUCACUGCCUACAAAGAAAAAAAAAAUAUUUAAUCUUCUCAAAUCAGAAGAGAUGCAUGACUUGUGAAAACCUGAAAGCAUACUUCCUAAUGAUCACUUUUUAAUUUUUUUUUUCUUUUUAAUAGUUGAUUUUUUUUUUUUCCCCCCAGACAUAUGUUUGUUCAGAUGCACGUUGUGGAUCGUAUUUACAUCUCUG